AGCAGAGUAGGGCCGGGCUGGGUGAGCGCACGGCCAUGGCCCCGUGGCUGCAGCUCUGCUCUGUCUUCUUCACAGUCAACGCCUGCCUCAACGGCUCCCAGCUGGCAGUGGCCGCAGGCGGCUCCAGCAGAACGCGGGGCGCCGACACCUGUGGCUGGAGGGGAGUGGGGCCGGCCAGCAGAAACAGCGGGCUGCAUAACAUCACCUUCAGAUAUGACAACUGCACCACUUACUUGAAUCCAGUGGGGAAGCACGUGAUCGCCGAUGCCCAGAACAUCACCAUCAGUCAGUAUGCUUGCCACGAUCAAGUGGCAGUCACCAUUCUUUGGUCCCCAGGAGCUCUCGGCAUCGAAUUCCUAAAAGGAUUUCGGGUAAUACUGGAGGAGCUGAAGUCAGAGGGAAGACAGUGCCAACAACUGAUUCUAAAGGACCCGAAGCAGCUCAACAGUAGCUUCAAACGAGCUGGAGUGGAAUCUCAACCUUUCCUGAAUAUGAAAUUUGAAACAGAUUACUUUGUAAAGAUUGUUCCUUUUCCUUCCAUUAAAAAUGAAAGCAAUUAUCACCCUUUCUUCUUCAGAACCCGCACCUGUGACCUGCUAUUGCAGCCGGACAACCUGGCCUGUAAACCCUUCUGGAAGCCUCGGAACCUCAACGUCACCCAGCACGGUUCAGACAUGCAGGUGUCCUUCGAUCACACACCCCAUACCUUCGGCUUCCGUUUCUUCUAUCUUCAUUAUAAGCUCAAGCAUGAAGGACCCUUCAAGCGAAAGACCUGUAAACAGGAGCAAAAUACAGAGACAACCAGCUGCCUCCUUCAAAAUGUAUCUCCUGGGGAUUAUAUAAUUGAGCUGGUGGAUGACACUAAUAUGACAAGAAAAGUGAUGCAUUAUGCCUUAAAACCAGUGCAUUCCCAGUGGGCUGGGCCCAUCAGAGCUGUUGCCAUCACUGUGCCGCUCGUUGUCAUAUCGGCAUUUGCGACGCUCUUCACGGUGAUGUGCCGCAAGAAGCAGCAAGAAAAUAUAUAUUCACAUUUAGAUGAAGAGAGUUCUGAGUCCUCCACGUACAUCACAGCACUUCCCAGGGAGAGGCUCCGGCCACGGCCCAAGGUCUUCCUCUGCUAUUCCAGUAAAGAUGGCCAGAAUCACAUGAACGUUGUCCAGUGUUUUGCCUACUUCCUCCAGGACUUCUGUGGCUGUGAGGUCACUCUGGACUUGUGGGAAGACUUCAGCCUCUGCAGAGAAGGGCAGAGAGAAUGGGUCAUCCAGAAGAUCCACGAGUCCCAGUUCAUCAUCGUGGUGUGUUCCAAAGGCAUGAAAUACUUCGUAGACAAGAAGAACUACAAGCACAAAGGAGGCGCCCGAGGCUCGGGGAAAGGGGAGCUCUUCCUGGUGGCGGUGUCUACCAUUGCUGAGAAGCUCCGCCAAGCCAAGCAGAGCUCAUCCACGGCGCUCAGCAAGUUCAUUGCCGUCUACUUCGAUUAUUCCUGCGAGGGAGACGUUCCUGGCGUCCUGGACCUGAGCACCAAGUACAAACUCAUGGACCACCUUCCCCAGCUCUGCUCCCACCUGCAUUCCCAGGACCUCAGCCCCCAGGAGCCGGGGCUGCACCCCGGACGCAUUAGCAGGAGGAACUACUUUCGGAGCAAAUCGGGCCGCUCCCUAUACGUCGCCAUUUGCAACAUGCACCAGUUUAUCGACGAGGAGCCUGACUGGUUUGAGAAGCAGUUCGUUCCCUUCCAUCUCCCCCCGCUCCGCUACCGGGAGCCGGUUCUGGAGAAGUUUGACUCAGGUUUGGUUUUAAACGAAGUCUUGUGCAAGCCAGGGCCGGAGAGCGACUUCUGUCUCAAGGCGGAGGCCGCCAGCUCCGGGGCGCCGGCCGACCCGCACUCUGAGGGCCCGCAGUUCGUCUCAGACGAAGACGCGGAGGCCGGGCCCGUUCCAGGCGCCAGCGCGGUCCUGCGGCCCCUGCUGCACGCGGUGAAAGCUGCCGGUCCCUCGGACAUGCCACGGGACUCAGGCAUCUACGACUCGUCCGUGCCUUCGUCCGAGUUGUCCCUGCCCCUGAUGGAAGGGCUCUCCACGGACCAAACGGAGACGUCUUCGCUGACGGAGAGCAUGUCGUCCUCAUCAGGCCUGGGUGAGGAGGACCCUCCCGCCCUUCCUCCCAAGCUCCUCGCCUCUGGGGCAUGCAAAGCAGAACCUGGUUGCUGCAGCUACACUGGUGAACUCCAUGCGGUCGCUCCUUUGUAACAAAACGAAGAGUCUAAGCAUUGCCACUUUAGCUGCCGCCUCUCUCUGGUUCCCCAGCUCGUCUCUCUGGGUAUGUGGCCCACUUGGAGCUGAGGUCUCUUACAAGGAUAUUCAGAAUGAAAUUCUGGCCAGUACUUGCUGUCCUUGCUUCUCUUCUCUACCAGGUAUAUUGGCAGUCUCCAGUUUUCUGAAACCAUGUGGAGCUCUGAAGGGCAUGUCCAUUAUGCCUGACAGCAGCUUGCCAUGUUGGGUCAGACUGGAUUAGAGCCAAUUCUGAGAGGUAGGGAGGAAACAUGUAAAGAGAAACAGGAAAAUACCCACACUGAUUGUUCAGACUUAAUUUAUCUGUGCAAACUUUGCCUAUUCACUAUUGGCUACUUUGAUUUGAAAUGCUUUGUGGAAAAAGCACUUUUGAUGCCACUACAGCCACGGAAAUCAAGUGCCAGUCUCUCUGGAAUCCAUGUUGUUAUAGAUGAUGUUCUUUUCCAUUUUUGAUGUGGAAUUUAUGAUACCAUUUACAAUGCCAUGGGUGUUAAAAAAGCUCUGAGUCAAAGGUCAAGAAGGUGACUGAAUAUUCAAUCACCUUUCAUAAAAAUGAGUUUUUAUGUAUUAGCGGGUGGCAUAUCUGGCUGAGGAGGGAGCCGCAGGGCCAGGCUGACCAUCUAGACCGUUCUUUCUGAGAUGGGUUGGUCAGUGUGCAGAAGGCACCAGGGCCACAUCUUGAUCUGAAUAGGCAUCGUGGAGGGGCCAGAUCUCCCUGUGAGGUUUCCCGUGGUUAUAUUCACUGUGCUGAAUCUCAGAUGUUGGUGCCUGGAAGUUUAUUUUUAAGAGACUGAUACCCAACUGGGCUGUAUUACUGGAAGUUGUAAUUUUUGCUUUGGUUGGCCUCUGGUCUAAAGCUGUGUCCGGAAUGUUAGGGAUCAGAAUCCACUGACAUAGGGCAGUAGGUGGAGGUGGUAGUCACUUAAUCUGCUGAACUUGUUUUGACUAACGACAAACCUCUUUUUAAGAAGGUGAAAAGGAAGGGAUUGUUACAAAGAUGAGUGUGCUCUUUGAGUACCAUCUUUGGAAGACAUGGGGCCUGAAAUCAUUAAAUUCUUGAAUCUUAAAGUACUCCCCCCACAGCCCAGCCUGUGAAUCAGGUUUCACUUUGUUUUUGUUGUACUUAC